AUUACAACCUUGUAUGACUCUGUCUCGUGCCGGCUUCUGUCCGAACUACCCUGAGGGCUCUGGCGGCUACGUCCAGUGUAGGCACUGUGAAUUGACCAGGUGUCACGUAGGUUGACUCACAGUCUGCCGCAUCACAAUUUUGGCGUCCGCGACAGGACUCCACGCUGACAGAGUUCUCAGGGCUCGGUGCUAGCAUGAGCGGAGAGUUGGAAAAGUGGAUAGCGCUUGGGAGAUCACUAGGAGUGCGCGACGACGAGCUGAGGGAAUGGGUCGAGGAGCAGAGAGCAAUGGAGAGACAGACGAGGGCAGAGGAGCGGGCUGCGCGAGCAGCAGAGAGGCAGUUGGACGAACGAGUACUGCUAGCUGAGGAGCGUGUACUCGCGUUGUGGGUCCAAGCCGCGAAUCAGGCCACAGCAGCCGUUGGCCCUGACUCGAGCAGCACAGCUAGUGAAAGGUUUCGACCGGGUUCGCACAAAGUGAUGCCUGUCUUUGACGAAAAGAGGGAUGACCUAGAUGCCUAUUUACAUAGGUUUGAAAUAGUGGCAGAAGGACUGCGUUGGCCCAAGGAGCAGUGGGCAACAGCCUUAAGUUUAUCUCUGGCGGGAGAAGCGCUGGCGGUGUUUGGACGGCUGUCGCCACAAGAGUCUAACGAUUACGAGAACGUCCGAGAUGCCCUGUUAGAGACAUUUCGAUAUACCGCAGAAGGGUUUCGGGAAAAGUUCAGGUCAUCGACGCCCGAUAAGAAAGAGACAGCCAAGCAAUUUGGGGCACGCCUCACGCACUUCUUCGAUAAGUGGGUGGAGACAUCCGAAACACCUAAGGAGUUCACGUCGCUGCGUGAUUUAAUGUUACGGGAGCAGUUUCUUUUGAAGUGUCCUCCAGCGUUGGCCGUAUUUUUGAAAGAAGGUGAAUGUGAGACCCUUGAUGAAACUUGUAAACGGGCUGAUAAAUAUCUGGAAGCUCAGGGUCUGAGGACUAUGGGAAAGGCCGAGGAGGAGCCAGUAGCACCUAAGAGUGUCGCGAGAAAGCCUACAGGUUGUAUGUUGCGUGGCGAGAUGGGGCACAGAGCCUCGGAUUGUAGGACAGCCUUCACUAGGCAAAGGCAAGGCGCCUGUUGGUCAUGUGGAGAGACAGGACAUAGGUCAGUGAAUUGUCCGAAGAGAGGACUGGAAAGCGGCGCUAAGAACGCUUGUGUUAUGGGUGUUGGUUCAGGUCUUGUGAACUAUGGUAGCGUUAGUUAUCGUGAGCAGCCGCUCGAGGGUCGGUACACAGGAUGCACCACGGUACCCAAAGAGUAUCUAGUAAAUGCUGUGCAUUCCAGAAAUGGUGACCGGCGUACAACGCUACGGUGGAGUAAAGGUAGAGUCAAUGGGCAGUCUGUCGAGGUACUCCGGGAUACCGGUUCAAACAUGGUCAUAGUGAGGAGAGGUCUGGUAAAAGACAGCCAGCUGACUGGUCGUUAUGUGGUGGUACGUUUGGCGGACGGGACGCCGCGCUGGCUACCAGAGGCAGUCAUAAGUAUUGCGACGCCGUAUUUGUCGGGGAAUGUGGUGGCGUACUGCAUGAAUGCGCCGAUAGGUGACUUACUGGUGGGCAAUGUUACGGGCACGAGGAGAACGGAGCGGAAGUCUCCGGAGCCUGCAAAAUACUCAAGAAGUGGGGCCCAUGCAGUCGUAGGUGCUGUUCCACACAGAUCGAGGGAAUUCGAUUGUGCUAAACGGUCAAAGGCAACUCAGAUUUGCCCCUGGUUACACAACUCCGGUGCGAAAGAACAGUUGAGGCGUCAACAAUGUAUAGACAAAGGUGACUACAGGGGUUUUGGUUCCAACAGCAGACAGUGUACUCCAGUGAAUGAGAGUAGAGCACGGGGUAUUUGGGCUGGCCAGCAGGCCGGCGUCAGACGUUGCUAUAGAGAACGUUGUACUAGCGGUACUAUGACGGGGAGAGCAUGGUACAGAAGUGAAAAGGGCAAUACAUAAGUGGUGUACAAACGGUUUAGGCAGUAUAGUAAGUCUGUGGUUUCGUUGUGACCAGCAUUCUUGUGGAGGGGCUUGGUUACAAGUAUGUGGUGUGUCUUUGUAUUUUGCAGAAUUGCAAAUAUGUAUCUAUACAGCUUGAGAGGAAACGACAGUAGCGCGCGCUCUUGAAAGUGGGUCGCAUGCAGGCUUCGAAAGUUGUUCGUCAGAAGGGAGUCUGAGAGUUGUUGAACUGACAUUUUCUUGGAAUGUAUAUGUCGUUUCGCAAAUCGUUUUCAUUCAAAUCGCUCCAUUUUCAUCGGGUUCAUGUAGUGUGCUACACCCCGGCAGUCGGAUUUGUACGGGUUGUGCACGGCUGGACCAGAGUGUGUGUAUUGACGUUGAUGUUUCGCACUAUAGCUAAAGUGACGUAACGCUUUGUGUUUCUUUGAAUCUAUAUAUUUGGUUGACAGUUUGCAGUCAGAGGUGGCUAGGAAUGGUCAUUGAUAUGUUUACGUCUACUUUAACGGGCAUGGUAUUGAGACAUUGGUAUCGUAUCAGUACAUUGAUAUUUAGAAGAAUGGACAAGAAGGACAUUUCGGUUUUCUAUAUGGCGGCAGCAAAGUGCAAAGUGUCUGGAUUAAUGUUUUGUGACGUGGAAUUGUGAUUUUCUGAAGACAUUGAACAAUUUGUGGUUGUGCAAUGUCUUGCGACGUGGGGGGUUAAUGUCAUCGUUGUGGUCACUCCUGGGGAAAGAAGAAGCUCGGGGAAAAACGCGCAAGGUGAAAAGUGUGACGUAACGGGCACGGACAGAGGUGCACGGGGGAUUGUGUUCUGGAAGAGAAGAUCCCUGGCUGACUGUCGGCAUCGUCUUGUGGGUCAUACCGCCUGGCUCUGGGUUUCAACGUCCACCUGGUCCCUGGGUUCCUGGUGCUGGCUGCGGGUCUGCCCUACCAGGUUCUGACUGCUGGUGUGCUCACCGGGUCCUUGUCUCUGGCUCUGGUUGCGUGUUUGCUGGCGUUGUCCGCCCCCGAGGGUUACCCACGCUCACAGGGUACCAUCCAACAUCAUUAGGUGGAUCCAAAGAUACUUAUCCAGUCGUAGGCAAUUUGUGGACAUAAGUGGAACACUACCGGACCUUCUAGAAGUCAAAUCGGGUGUUCCCCAAGGAAGGCAGCCAGCCGGAAUAUCCUGAAAAACCAACUUCUGCCGUCUAGCUCUCGACCAGCAGGCAAUAGAGAACACGCGGUAUAAAGACCUUGGAAGACUGGAGAACAUGCACAAGGUGUCAAGUGAGGGGUUUGCAAGGAUCGAGUCCCAUGCCAUGACAGGGGAACGACUCUGGAUGUGGCUUUUCUGGCAGCUUACAGGCAUCAUAUUCGCAAGUGUCGUUUCGGCUUGGAUCCUAUCUGAUACACCUGUGAAGAAACUGGGCGAAGCUACUGACGAACUGGGAUGGACUCGCAGAGAACUAGAAUUGGCUUCUGCCAAACAAGAAGAGACUAGAAGCAAACUACAGCAGCAAGGGAUUGAACUGGAGGAGACGCGUAACGAACUCAAGCGCACUAAUGACAAGCUAGAGCGAGCUACUAUUGAACUGGAGGAGACUACUGGCGAACUAGGACGGACUCGCAGAGAACUAGAAUUGGCUUCUGCCAAACAAGAAGAGACUAGAAGCAAACUACAGCAGCAAGGGAUUGAACUGGAGGAGACGCGUAACGAACUCAAGCGCACUAAUGACAAGCUAGAGCGAGCUACUAUUGAGCUGAAGGAGACUACUGGUGAACUGCAGCACACACAUAUAGCACUCAAGUUCACCGCUACAGAACUGGAACGGACCCGUGGCGAACUGCAGCGGACUACUGAUCAACUGCGUCAGGCUACUGGAGAUAUGGUGCGGCACGAUAGCAGACAGGAGA